UGCAGCCUUAUUUUGUCCGAACCACCGCCUUCAAUUGGCGGGAAUGCCGAAAAUUCGAAGAUCGGAUGGAGGGAGAGGGGGAGACUGAGAGACUAGAAACGCCGUGUUAGUGUUGGGUUCAGAAUGCAGAGAACUUAGGCCUCAACAAUGGAAGAAAUCAUCUCCCGAAUAGCUUCAGAGCUCGAAACCCACCAUGGCCUCAAUGGCACAGAUUCAGAAAUGCCCAUUUCAAGAUCAGCCCUCUUAGAUUUACAAACCCUGGCCGACAAUGCAGUCGACGCCGACGAUACCGACGACAUCGAUCGCCUGUGGGAAGAGCUAGCGUCAAAGAACAUCUCUCCGGCAUUCCUUGUUAGUCGGAUCACAGCUUCCAUGGACUCCGGACCUACCGACGUCACUCUCUUAGCUUCCAAAGUUUAUCUUUCGAUUCUCCUAUCUCCAAACUCUCCCGUUUUUACUUUGUUCACUCCUAUCGCGUUCGUUUCGCUCCUUCGUUCUAUCAGACGAUCUUUCAAGCAGCAUCGAUCUGUCCCACCGUCUACGGCAGCACUUGACAAUAGUGCCGGAAUCAAUAAGACGAAUAGAAAGAGAAAGGGCGGUGGGAGGGGUAAGGCUUUUCGCAAUACUGUCAAUGAUACUGAGGACGAUGUUGAAAGUGAUGGGGACCGGUUUGAUGUUAGAGUUCUAUUCCCUAUCCUCGAAAGACUAGAUUCGGUGUUGUGCCGAAUUCAUCUCGAUCGGUUCCCGGACAGUUUGAAGUCUUUAAUUCAAACUGUGGCAGAAAUCCCAGUUAUGGCGCUCGAGUCAUUCGACAAUUCGGCUAGCUACCAGAGGUUGUCUGACCUGUGUUUCCGGAUAUUGAAUGGGGUUUUGAAGACCGAGCAUGGAGACCAGACCAUCGCGGCCACUGAAGUGUUGAAAUCGCUGUCUCCGGCAAUUCUUUUACUGAAAUCGCAGGCCCGAGCAUUAGCAUUGAGAUUUGUGACACAUCAGAUGAUGACUGCAGCUAAAGACUCUGCUGCUGUCAGGAAAGCAAUUGCGUAUCUCCCUAGGUACUUGGUCCAAAAGGCACCCGAGAGGUCAGAGCCCCGUGCUUCUGCCGUGGAAUCAAUAAUGGAGAUAGUUCGAGCAAUGGAAUUCGACGAGCAAGUUGGCUUUAUGGAUUAUACGGUGAAGAUGACUCAGGGGAAGGCCAACCUGAGGCUACUAGCUGUCGAUCUUAUACCAAUGUUUCUGAUGUCAUUUCCGGAUCCAUUGGGGGUAAACAGAGAUGAGGAGGCUAAAGAUUGUUGGGGGCAAAGGUGUUUGGUUGCUCUGAUUCAGCGUUGUUCAGAUGCAGUUGCGGGAAUUCGAGCUCGGGCUUUAUCGAACCUGGCACAGGUGGUGGGAUUUUUAUCUGCAGAUGUUAGAAGCCAAGCUCGUUUGGAAGAACUGGUGGGUUUGGGGAACGCUGAGUGGCAGAAUAUGGAUGGGGGUCUAACUACACUUCUUAGGAAAAGGUGCAUGGAUGAGAAGGCAGCAGUUAGGAAAGCUGCCCUUCUUUUAAUUACCAAAUCGACUGCACUACUAGGAAGGCCUGUGGAUCAAGUCGUGCUCAAAACUAUGGGUAUUGCUUGCUCAGACCCUCUUGUUAGCAUUCGGAAAACAGCAAUGUCAGCUUUAUCAGAGGUAUUUAGAAAAUUCUCUGACAGAGGUGUAGUCAUUGAGUGGCUUCAAUCUGUUCCACGCUUAAUAACUGACAAUGAAUCCAGCAUUCAGGAGGAAUGUGAGAAUUUAUUUUUGGAAUUGGUCUUGGAUCGGGUAUCCAGAAUUGGAUCUUCAGGUUUGAGUCAUAUCAGAGAUUGUUGUUCCAAUCUGGAUGCAGGGAAGAAAAAUUUAGAAAAGAAAAUUGCUUUGUCUUUUCCUGAAGGAGUGUUGGUUCUACUGAAUGAGAUUUCCGAUGGAGAGGUCAUGCCUUGUGUGAAAAAAAUCUGUGCAAGCCUUGGAAAGAAGAAACGACUAAAACCUACUAUUGCUAUUGCACUCCAAAACAUUAUAAGGACAUCUGAGUCUCUCUGGUUGAGCCAUUCUAUGCCAAUAGAGAAGUGGACUGCUCCUCCUGGUGCUUGGUUUCUUUUAUCUGAGGUGUCAGCAUUUCUGCCAAAAGCGGUGGGCUGGGAUUUUCUCCAUCAUCACUGGCAGCUCCUUGACAAGACUUCACCAGAUGGUGAGGUUCGCAGCCCACUUUUGCAAGGAAAUACUGAUGAACAAGUUGAGGGCAUUGAAAUCAAUUCAACUGCCUGGGCAGGAGAUCGUGUUUUCCUCUUGCAGACAAUUUCUAAUGUUUCUAUGGAGCUGCCCCCAGAGCCUGCAGCAGAGUUAGCUCAUAACUUGCUGAAGCGGAUUGAGGAGUUCAACAUGCACUCAACAGAGGUAAAUGCUCAUGUAAAAGCCCUCAGAACUUUGUGUAAACGAAAGGCUUUGAGUCCUGAAGAGGGCGACAACCUUGUCUUAAGAUGGGUAAACCAGUUGCUCUCUAAAGCAUUAAAAGUUCUUGAAACCUACAUUUCAGAGGCCUCAGAAGUAAGCAAAUUGAAUAGCUUUUUUACACCACCUAGAACUGGGGACAGAAAGGGAAAGAGAGUAGCAGCCACGUCUCCCUCCUUAUUACGAACUGUCACCGCUGUAUAUACUAUUGGAUCAUUGGUAUUGGUUUGUCCUUCUGCAGAUUUAAAGAGCAUUCUUCCACUUUUACACACCAUUAUCACAUCAGAGACUUCUGAAUUAAAAGUGAAAAGAUUACCUGGCUCUGCAAUUCCCAUAAAGCAGAUAGCCCCUUCUCUCUAUAAUCAGUCAUGGCUAACGAUGGGGAAGUUAUGCCUUGCAGAUGGGAAACUUGCAAAGCGUUAUAUCCCUCUUUUUGUCCAGGAGCUUGAGAAGAGUGACUCUGCAGCACUUCGCAACAACAUUGUGGUGAUGAUGGCAGAUUUUUGUGUGCGAUACACUGCUCUUGUUGAUUGUUACAUAUCCAAGAUCACCAAGUGCCUGCGUGAUCCAUGUGAAGUUGUUAGAAGACAAACAUUUGUACUACUUUCAAGAUUAUUGCAGAGGGACUAUGUGAAGUGGAGAGGAGUGCUUUUCCUUCGAUUUCUCUUGUCCCUUGUUGAUGAAUCAGAGAAGAUCAGGCAGCUAGCAGAUUUUCUCUUUGGGAACAUCUUGAAAGCAAAGGCACCACUUCUGGCAUAUAACAGUUUUGUUGAGGCCAUAUUUGUUUUGAAUGACUGUCAUGCACAUGCUGGACACAGUGAAUCUCAAGGUGUGAGAACGGACAGCCGGCUCUUCUCAAUCCGAGGCAAUGAUGAAAAGUCUAGGUCACAACGGAUGCACGUUUAUGUUUCUUUGCUGAAACAAAUGGCUCCAGAGCACCUUUUGGCUACUUCUGCAAAGCUCUGUGCAGAAGUACUUGCUGCUGCAUCUGAUGGUUUGCUCAAUCUUGAUGAUGUUACUGGGCAGUCUGUACUGCAGGAUGCUCUCCAAGUACUUGCAUGUAAAGAGAUCCGGAUCCAGUCCAACCGUGGAACUGCAACUGAGUCAACAGAAAUGGAUGAGGAAGGGGGUGAUGGUGGAGGAGUUACAUUGGCUGCUGCAAGAGGGAGGUUAGCAACACAAGCAAUUAAAAAGGGCUUGAUCCAGAAUGCUAUCCCCAUAUUCAUAGAACUAAAGCGGCUUUUGGAGAGCAAGAAUAGCCCUCUCACAGGUUGUCUGAUGGAGUGCUUAAGAGUACUUCUCAAGGACUACAAGAAUGAGAUUGAUGAGAUAUUGGUUGCUGACAAGCAGCUUCAAAAGGAACUCUUGUAUGACAUGCAGAAGUAUGAAGCAACCAAGGCCAAGUCUACAGUAGCUGAGGCUGUUGAGACCAUGCAGAGAGCCAAUAACUACUGUUCACCCCCAGGCCAUGGGACUAGUAUUUCCAGAAUUGCUAAAGAAUCAAAUAUUCACGAUAGGUUAGCUGAGAAGUUGGGAAGUGCUGUCAAAGUUGCAUCAGCAAUGGCAGAUGUGGCAGCUGCAGCCACGGUUAAAUCUGUGUUAAGGGAAGUGAACCGGGGUACAUCCACCCCACAACUUCGUUCCAUUAGUAUGCCCAAGCUCAAAUCUUCUAUGGGAGGAACACUUACUAGAGGAGAUCGUCCCCUGGAUGUAUUGGAAUCUUUGAGGAGAAGACAAUCGUUUGAUUCUGAUGAAGAGAGUUAGUUUGUUUUCUCAACCCACUUUUCAUGUAAAAGUUAUUGAUACUUGGCUUGCGUCUUUGAGGCCUUACAAGGUAGUUUCUUCUACUCAGCCCCAGGGACUUUGAUAUUUAGGAUGUAAAUAAUGUUUCUAUUUCUACAUUCUAUAUGAUAUCUUUCAGUAAAAUGUAUGUUGAAAUCUUCUUUCAGAUUAAGAUAUUUGAAAGAAUGUUAUUGAAGCUAAGAUGUCAAGAGCAUUGUUAAGAGUUUUGAUCUUGAAUAUCAAUCUAACUAAACUUUUUGGAUUCCA